GAGUGUCUCAGCCUGGGAUCGUCAUUCUCGUCAGACCAGACGAUCACAUCGCUUGGAGAUCCUUGAAGCAGCACGGUUCCAAGUCGUUUGAGGAACUGAGGCUGGCCUUUGACAGCGUUUUGGGAUGGAAUGAGAAACUCCAGCUUAAGAGCGCUGGAUGUAAAUGAGAAGAAACAAGCCCACCUUUUUUAGGGUUGGAAAUGAAGAAGCGGCAGCCAGGCGGCAAGGAGGCAGUGAAAUCCCGGUCGUCUUACAACCCCUGUGAAAUCAAGAAGAAGCGCGAGUUCUACCAGAACGCCAAGAAGGUGCAGAAGUAUAAGAAGCUGAAGAAGGAGCUCGAUCCUCAAAAACCUGAAGAGGAUGCUACACACGCAGAGGCAGAGAAUGAAGAUGGUGCUGGGGGCAGCCGUAGCCAAAUUGGUGGAAGAAGGCACAGAAAACGGGGCUUCAAUUCCCUGGAGAGGCUGAGAGGCGAAUAUAAAAGGAAGAAAGAGGAGGUGGAAGUUGUCAAGGAAGAGAGAGCAAAGGAGAAUGCGGCGAGGCAGCAGGCUCGGGAGCACUCGGAGAAGCUGAGGAAGCAGACCAAGGCAAAGAUGUUUAAGAAAACUUCCAAGGGGCAGCCAGUGAUGAAAUUCAGGCUGGAGCAAAUACUCAAUAAUGUGAAGUCUGGUAAAGCACAGUGAAAGGGAGAAGUUAUCCCGUCUCACCUGGCUUUCCAUCUACUCCUCAGCUGAUGUUAGAAUCUCACAGCCAUAAGAAGUUACUUUUGAAAGAA